AUGCGGCUCCGCACACCCGCGAUUCCCGUCUAUGUCGACAUGCCAGUGUGGGAGGGGCGCGCGUCGGUGAGUGAGGGAGAGGCGCGAGUGCUGCAGCUGGAGAAGGAGCUGCAGCAGACCAGGCAGGAGCGAGCGGAGCGCCACGAGGGCGAGAGCCAACGCCUGCAGGAGACGGUGGACGCGCUCCGGGCGGCGCUUGCCGAGCGUGAAAAGAUGCUCACCGCCCUCUCCCUGGAGGUGGAGUCUCUGAGAGAGAACCAGCGCACUUGUGACCAGGAGGUUGCCGACCUGCGUCGUCAGCUCAUCGCCUGCAAGGAUGCACUGCAGCAGACAACUGUUGAGCUCACGAGCUGCCAGGGAGACCUUCGUGAGCAGGAGUCCCAAAGAGCAGGCCAGGAGCAGACGAUGUCCGAGCUCCAGGCGGAGCUGACCCAGCUACAGCGCCAGUACACCACCUGCUACGCCCAGCUGGUUGAGGAGGAGACCUCUGUGUCCAGGCUGAGGAGUGAACUGCAACAGGUACGGUCUCAGAGGGAGCGGCUGGCCUCCCAAGUGCAGGAACAGAGCUCCAAGACCCAGAGGCAGCAGGCGCAGCUGACGGAGAAUCAUGUGACCGUAACCGCAAUCGCUCAGCAGGAGGUGCCGGUAUCCAGCAGGGAGGAGACGCUCCUGAGGCUGACCACGGAGCUGAGGAGCGCUCAGGAGCGCCUCAGUGCCACCCAGGAGGAGCUUUCCAGGCAGGUUCAGGAGGUGAGGUGUAAAGGUCAGGAGGCUGAAGUCCUACAGCAGGAGAUGAGGGGAGUCCAGCAGCUCCUCAGGCAGAAAGAGGAGGAGCUGAAAGUGGAGAAACACAGGAACACUCAGCUCUGCUUGGAGAAGGACGGCCUCCUUACACAGUGUGAGAGCCAGCGGGUAUCGCUGCACAGACUCCGGGGAGAGGUGGAACGAUGGCAGCAGGAGACGCGGGACCAGAGGGAGAACCGGGAGGAGGAGGUGCGGCAGCUGAAAGAGGAGUUGCAGGAGGCCCAGAGUCGCCUGUUGCAGCAGAGGAGCCGUCUGGAGCGCCUGGGCAGAGAGCUGGAGACAGCCCACAGACAACAGCGAGAGGAGGAGGAGGAGGCCUUACAGAGGGAAGCGGCCCUGCAUGCUCAGGAGGCAGAGCUGACCCGGGUGAAGGCCAGCCUUCUGGAGGCCCGGGCGCAGGCCUCUGAGGCAGACGCCAGGCUGCAGCCACUCUCUGAGUCUCUGGAGCUCUGCAGACACAAGUACCAGGCCUGUGUGGGCAAGCUGGCCCAGCUAGAGGCCACCCUGCACAGCCAGGAGGGCGCGCUGAAGGAGGCCAAGGCUCAGGCUUCAGACCGGUCAGAGCAGGCCCUCCGUCUGCAGGCGGAGGUUGUAGCACUGCAGACAGACAUCCAGAGCCGACAAGCUCAGCUGCGGAGCGGAGACGAGGCCCUGGCUGUCCUCACCCAGCGCCUCGAAGACACACGGGACGAGCGGGACGUGUCCCGUGCACACGCGCGGGAGUGUGAGCUGGUCAUCGGUGCUCUCCGCGAUAACACUGCAGCCCUGCGAAGACAGCUGGAGGAGCAGGAGGAGGCCGUGGUGACGGUUCAGUCUGAUUUCUCAGUGUACAGAGCUACUCACAACCACUCGGAUUCAGAAUAUCAAUCCCAGUUAUCCCACAUCCAGGAGCUAGAACAGGCUCUGUCGCAGGCUCAGGAGCGCUGUGGUCAGGGAGCGCGUGAGCUGAGUGCCUGUCAGGCUGAGCUGGGGCGGCUCAAAGAGGAGGCGUACAGACAGGAGGAGGUCAAAGGCAACAGCCUGUCAGAGAUAUAUAAGCUGCAGGAGCUGGUGAAGCAGCUCCAAGCAGAGGCUCUGUGUGAGGCCCGGAGCAGACAGGCGGAGGUGAGCACGCUGGAGCACAGGGCUGCUGGACUGGAGGAACAGCUGGAGACAGCUCACAGGCAGUGUGGCCAGAAAGACAAGGCUGUGCAGAAGAGAGACGCCCUACUGAGGCGGUCAGAGGCCGACCUGGUGCGGGCGCGGGACGAGCUCCGGGGCCAGGCGGCUGAGGCGGAGAGCCAGGCAGAUGUGGUGCGGGCCCUGGAGGCGGAGCUUCGCAGGGCCAGGAAGGAGACGCGACGGAGGGAGAGCGCGCGUGCGGCACUCGGCGCGCAGCUGGUACAGGUGCAGCAGGAGCUGCAGGAGACACGCGCCACCUGCAGGGAGAGCGCCCUGGAGCUGGCCCGGCAGGCGGAGAAGGCGGAGCGUGUCCAGGAGCAGCUGGCCGAGCGAGUGGCCGAGGUGCUGCGCAGCGAACAGAGCCAGAGGAGACUGCAGGCGGAGCUCCAGAACCUCCAGCACAGACUUCACUCCACUGAACAGGAGCUCCAUGACUGCAGAGACCUGCUGGAGCAGGCACAUCUGGGAGCCCAGCAGGACACGUCGCGCCUUCUGCAGGAAAACCGCGUGUUGCAGGAGGAGCUGGCCAGCGGGAAGGAGAGCCUCGGCCGUUUGCAGGAGCAGCUGAAAGACCAAACCGAGGCUGCUCAGACUCUGCGAGCAGAUCUUGCACAGGAGAAACUGAUCUGGGAACAGAGCGCACAUAACAGAGAAGACUGGAGAAGUCUGGAGACUGAGAGAGACCAGCUCAAAACUGACCUGAAAACAGCAAAAAACCAGCUGAGUGAGCGGGAGAGGCUGGUCACUGACCUACAGGAGCGCAUGUCUGGGCUCAAGAGCGCCACCCUCAGGCUGCAGGUGGAAGCUGCAGAUGGACAGGCCCAGCUGCAGUGGUACAAGAGAGAGUUGGAGAACAGGGAUGCACACGUCCAAGAGCUGCGGCACGAGGCCCGGACGCUGGAGGGGCACUCGGCCGAGCUGCAGGCCCAGUUGGCACACGCCCAGCUCUGGGGCCAGCAGCAGCAAGCCUCCCUGCAGGGCAGCGAGGAGGAGGUGCUGCUCCUCCAAGUGGAGCUGGCCUCCGUCAGAGAAAGCUACCACUCGGUUGUAGCUCGGGUGGAGGCGUGGCAGGCGCAGACGGACUCGGCGGAGCAGAGGUUGGAGGCGGCCGCAGCUGAGGCGGAGGAGCUGAGGGACGCACUGACGGAGGCGCGCUCGGACACUUCCCGCCUUCACCACGAGAGCGAGCUGGUGGUGACCAACGUGAACCAGUGGGUGAAGGAGCAGAAGCAGACUCACGAGAAGCUUGGCCUCAAAAUCAAAGAGCAGAGCAAGAGGAUAGUCCAUCUAACAGCCGAGAACGAUCACCUCCAGGAGUGCGUGGAGACGCUGCAGGGCCAGAUCCGGAGACUCCAGGCGGAGGCGGACGAACGAAGGCUGGACACAGAGAGGUGCAAGAACUUUCCAGUGCGGAAAGCGGCGGACGAGUGGAGCGGCGCAGCGCAGCCACACGAACGCCUGCCCGCUGCGCUACCCAGCCUGACCUCCACAGUGUACAGCCAUCCGAGAGAGAGCCCGAGGACAGCGAGCUCUCUGCUUGUCUCCCUGCAGGAGGACCCGUGCGUGGGCCAACGUCCGCUGCCGAGGUAGUCCACCGAGUCGCCCAGCAGGCAACAGAGAGGAGACCCCUGUGUCACCACUACUGCUCUCACAACCGGGCUCGAACCUGACAGCCGAAUCUCAGGGGCACUCUGACCAUGAAACUCUUAAUGGAACUUUGUUACUAAAAGAAAACACACCCAGAAGUUUACUUAUGUGAAAUAUAGAAGUGAAUACGUAAAACUUUAUUGUUUCUUACUACCCUCUAGUAGUUCGUAAAUACCAGAUUUUAAACUUAUAAAGUAAACUUAUAUAUUACAUAAACAAUAUCUGCCAUGAGCUGCUGGCACUUAGGGUUUUUUUUACAUAUAAAAAGGCUGUUCUUAUUGUUACUACUGACUGUGAGUAAAUAUUGGUGUCCCUGUAUCUUGUUUUUUGCAGGGGACAUGAAGACUGGUUGUUAGAGCCACAGCAAUAUAGUUUUGGUACAUGGUGAUAAGAUAUUUAAUGCUGUAUUUUAUUACUGUUUGUUUUUUGCUGUUUCAACGUUUUAUUCUCUGAAGGCAUUAUAAAUCUUCAGUUCAGAACUUGAAAGGGUUUCUGAUAAUGCAUCCAGCUUCUACUGAAAUUUUUUACUUAGCAUAAUGUCCAUUACACUGAAGUUUUUCUUUUUGCUUUUAGUGUCACUGAAAAUAAAUCAACACCCUGAAAGAAAA